GCAGGGUUAAAGUUAGAUUUGAGCAGGGUUAAAGUUAGAUUUAUCCAGGGUUAAGGUUAGAUUUAUCCAGGGUUAAAGUUAGAUUUAUCCAGGGUUAAUGUUAGAUUCAUCCAGGGUUAAAGUUAGAUUUAUCCAGGGUUAAUGUUAGAUUCAUCCAGGGUUAAUGUUAGAUUCAUCCAGGGUUAAUGUAAGAUUUGAGCAGGGUUAAUGUAAGAUUUGAGCAGGGUUAAAGUAAGAUUUGAGCAGGGUUAAAGUAAGAUUUGAGCAGGGUUAAAGUUAGAUUUGAGCAGGGUUAAAGUUAGAUUUGAGCAGGGUUAAAGUUAGAUUUGAGCAGGGUUAAAGUUAGAUUUGAGCAGGGUUAAAGUAAGAUUUGAGCAGGGUUAAAGUUAGAUUUGAGCAGGGUUAAAGUUAGAUUUGAGCAGGGUUAAAGUAAGAUUUGAGCAGGAUUAAAGUUAGAUUUGAGCAGGGUUAAAGUUAGAUUUGAGCAGGGUUAAAGUUAGAUUUGAGCAGGGUUAAAGUUAGAUUUGAAAAGGGUUAAAGUUAGAUUUGAGCAGGGUUAAAGUUAGAUUUGAAAAGGGUUAAAGUUAGAUUUGAGCAAGGUUCAAGUUAGAUUUGAGCAGGGUUAAAGUAAGAUUUGAGCAGGGUUAAAGUUAGAUGUGAGCAGGGUUAAAGUAAGAUCUGAGCAGGGUUAAAGUUAGAUGUGAGCAGGGUUAAUGUCAGAUGUGAGCAGGGUUAAUGUUAGAUUUGAGCAGGGUUAAUGUUAGAUGUGAGCAGGGUUAAUGUUAGAUUUGAGCAGGGUUAAUGUUAGAUUUGAGCAGGGUUAAAGUUAGAUUUGAAAAGGGUUAAAGUUAGAUUUGAGCAGGGUUAAAGUUAGAUUUGAAAAGGGUUAAAGUUAGAUUUGAGCAAGGUUCAAGUUAGAUUUGAGCAGGGUUAAAGUAAGAUUUGAGCAGGGUUAAAGUUAGAUGUGAGCAGGGUUAAAGUAAGAUCUGAGCAGGGUUAAAGUUAGAUGUGAGCAGGGUUAAAGUUAGAUGUGAGCAGGGUUAAUGUUAGAUGUGAGCAGGAUUAAUGUUAGAUUUGAGCAGGGUUAAUGUUAGAUGUGAGCAGGGUUAAAGUUAGAUGUGAGCAGGGUUAAUGUUAGAUUUGAGCAGGGUUAAUGUUAGAUGUGAGCAGGGUUAAUGUUAGAUGUGAGCAGGGUUAAUGUUAGAUGUGAGCAGGGUUAAAGUUAGAUGUGAGCAGGGUUAAUGUUAGAUGUGAGCAGGGUUAAUGUUAGAUUUGAGCAGGGUUAAUGUUAGAUGUGAGCAGGGUUAAAGUUAGAUUUGAGCAGGGUUAAUGUUAGAUGUGAGCAGGGUUAAUGUUAGAUUUGAGCAGGGUUAAUGUUAGAUGUGAGCAGGGUUAAUGUUAGAUGUGAGUAGGGUUAAUGUUAGAUGUGAGCAGGGUUAAUGUUAGAUGUGAGCAGGGUUAAUGUUAGAUGUGAGCAGGGUUAAUGUUAGAUGUGAGCAGGGUUAAUGUUAGAUGUGAGCAGGGUUAAUGUUAGAUGUGAGCAGGGUUAAUGUUAGAUGUGAGUAGGGUUAAUGUUAGAUUUGAGCAGGGUUAAUGUUAGAUGUGAGCAGGGUUAAUGUUAGAUGUGAGCAGGGUUAAAGUUUAUCUCACAGGUCAUCAGUUGUGACUCUACUGUGUGUUUCUGUUUGACAGCUCUGUGUGUUGUGGAGUCAGCUGGCACUAAGGAAGUGGUGGGAGGACAUGUCAUGUUCGGCUGCUCGUUCACGUUGGCAGGAACCAACAACAAAUACUUCUGCAAGGGGACAUGUUCUGGUAAAGACAUUCUGGUUAAAACUAAUGGUAGCAAGAAUGUAACUCAAGAUCGAUACAGUAUAGAAGACAACAGAGAUGGAGUCUUCUAUGUGACCAUCAAGAACCUGAUGAAGACAGACUCUGGGACCUACUGGUGUGGAGUGGAGAGAUAUGGCCUAGACUCAUACCAAGAGGUGCAUCUCACAGUUACAGAUGCUCCUCCCACUUCUACAACCUCACCUGUCACCUCCCGACGCCAUGUCUCCACAUCCCUUCUAAACCUCUCUACAACCCUCCCAAACCUCUCUACAACAUCCUCUAACCUCUCCACAACCCUCCCAAACCUCUCUCCAACAUCCCCAAACACCUCCUCAACCCUCCCAAACCACAUCAGUGGUCACCUAUCAAGAGCUGGUCUGAUGGUGUGGACCAGUGUUGGUCUGGUAGUCAUGGUGACAGUGUUAGGUCUGGUCCUGCUCCUGUUCUACAGACAGAGGAGAGGAACCAGGGAACACCACCAGUCUCCUCCAACACACAACCUGACCCUGCUGGAGAGGUUGUCUGUGUGUACGAGGAGAUCAGAGACAGACAGACAGACACACUUCCUGUGGUCAUCUCUUCAGUCUACUCUACUGUCAAAUCACCUACCAACUCUACAAUCUACCCUACUGAUCAACCAGCUUCUCUCAUCUACUCCAGUGUGGAUCUACCUACAGAUUCUAGAGUCUCUUCAUGUCCUCCAACAGCCAGUGGAAACCAGGAUGAUUCCAUCUAUUCUACAGCCCAGCUACCCAAAGAUACUGUAGAAUCUACAAGAUACCCUGCUGUGCACCUCUCUAAAGACACUCCAGAAGAUGCCCUCUACUCUACAGCCCAGCUACCCACAAUAAUGUAGAAUCUACAAGAUACCCUGCUGUGCACCUCU